AUGGAAACUAGAAGAGACCCCAGAUCCUUUCUCUUCUUCAUAAUCCUCCUGCUGCUCAUCAACUCGCCCGAACCGCAACAGCCGACAUUCAAUGCGCGCACACGCUACCGCGAGCUUAUCGAGCGCGAGUACUACCAACUGGACCUCCUAAACAGAACGCGAUAUGGUGAUUUCAACGCAAAAAAGGACAAGUGGCUCAAUGUCACUGGGCUGCGGGAUGAAGAUGGCUUUGCGUGGGAGUUGCUUGACCCUGUGAGACAGAAAGCAAAGGCGCAGUCCGAGCGCCUUCUGGGCGAUGGGUGGAAAGGCAUGCUCGGUGGACCACUGCAGGAGGGAGAGGCUAUCAUGCCGGUAUACAAGAACCUAUCUGGUUAUGUACAGGGAGAAUGGACGCGCUCGCCACUCAGUCGCAUACGGCACCCCAGCGAUAUGGGCAACGCCUCGGCCAUCCCCGAUCCCUUUGGAAAUCUGGUAGAAUUCGAUAGGAACCUGACUGGUACGGGUGGACCAUUGCGGAUGCACAUAACAGAGCUGGAGGACAGGAUGAGGAGGAACGAGAACAGAACCAUAUCCGAGAUCAGCGCGAAAGUGGUCAUUGGAGACAAAGACAGCUUUGGAGGGAACUGGUGGGAAUUUGUGGCACAUGGCGUUCACUUCAUGAAGAGCGGCACCGCGGUCCUGACUACUACGAGUGAUCGGUUUGGGGGCAUCUUCGCUUUGCCUCAUCUGCAGUUCACGCCCUACUUCUACUCGACAUCACAAGAAUUCCUGAACUGGACAAUACACGAGACUAUCGAGAGGCAACAGAAAAGAGCCUUCCCACUGUGGAAUCCCUGGACAUCUGCCACAGAAGGUAAUAAUGAGGGCAUGUUCCAAGGGCACCAUUGCGAAUUUGUCUUGUAUCUUCAAGAGUUUCCAAGCCAAUCCAAAGUCGACAUGGACUGGCUCGAGCAUGAGCUCCGUUUCCCCACUGGAGCUCCUGUUCCGCAUGAUGUUCCGCACGCCAUGUCCAUGGUAGGCUUCUCGCCAGAUUGCGGUUUUGUUAUUGAGUCGAAGGGUCCUCCAGACUUCCCGCCAUCAGAAGCUAUGCAUCUGGUUGGAUCUAAGACAGAAGAUUUCAAUGUUCGCGCAAGACACGGCAUCCUCGCUUUCGCUAUCAGUCUUGCGUUCCAGCUUUCCUUCACUCUCAAGCAGAUGAAGGAGACAGCAACACCGUCAAUGCGGAGUCGUGUCAGCUUCUAUACUAUCGCCAUGAUGGCUUUAGGCGACGGCUUCACAUUCUUGAUCCUCAUCUUCAUGUAUUUCUUCCUCGGUACAGCACAGUUGGCGCUGUACAGUAUCGCAUUUAUAGCGCUAUUUUCUGUACUGACCCACCUCCGCUUCCUGAUGGACAUUUGGUCUGUACAGGCGGCGGAGAGAGCUCGUCAGGAGCGACAACGAAGCUCCACAACCACUAGUGCGGCACCGACUCCAGCUCCCGAGGCUGCUACUCCAGCUCUCGAGGCUGCUACUCCAGCACCGUCUAUCGAUGCCGGUCUACCCUUGCCAGCUACCGCCGCUCGACCCCCACGUCCACCUACUCCCAUCAUCAUUGCACCUGAUCAAGACGAUCCGGACGAAGACGUCACUCCAGAUCUGAACAACACGCCAACCCCGGCCAAUGCUGCGACGACGAAUGCCAACCCUCGAGCUGAGCUCGGUGCACUUUACAGCCGCUUUUGCCUCAUGCUUAUCGUUCUGUUCUUUGUAACUAUACAUUUUGGUACCGCUCGCACGACGUAUCGCGCUGUCUAUUUCGAUGUCAUGACCUUCCUAUACCUGUCCUUCUGGGUACCGCAAAUCUACCGCAACAUCAUGCGCAACUGUCGGCGAGCAUUACGAUGGGACUAUGUUGUCGGGACGAGCGUGGCCCGCAUCGCACCUGUGGCGUACUUUUACAUGAAAGAAGACAAUGUGUUGUUUUCGAAAACAGACUGGAGAGCGAUGGGCUUCCUAGCGGGCUGGGUAUGGAUUCAAGUGGUGGUGUUGGUAAGCCAGGAUGUGCUAGGGCCGCGAUUUUUGGUCAGGGAUGGGUGGGCGCCUCCAGCAUACGACUAUCAUCCCAUUCUACGCGAAGACGAAGAAGGCGCAACAAUGCCGCUCAACAUCACGACUUUGCCAGACUCGCCCUCCACAAUUGACGCCUCUGCAUCUUCAACAGCAGAGGGCGAAUCAAGCAAAGCAUCAGGCGAAUCAAAAUCCAAAGGCAAGAAGGUCUUUGACUGCAGUAUCUGCGCCAACGACAUUGAAGUGCCAGUCAUACCUGCAGGCGCGGAUGAGAGUAGUGUGGCUGGCAUGGGUGGGACAAGCAUGAUUUUGCAGAGGCGACAGGUGGAUGAGAUAUCGAUUGAUGUGUCCGAAUUGUAG